UCUUCUUUACACACACACGUACGUUAUAUUAGCUUUCACACACUGCUCACAACUCGGUGUUCUUCAGCUUCUCUUUUCCUAGCUUGGAAAUGGAGGCUGCAGCCAAGUCUGCAUCUGCAAAACAGCUAAAAGAACACCUCCAACACCAACAAGAACCUUUUUCGCUCCAUAAUUACCUCUCAGAAAGAAGAUUCUUUAUCAAGAAUUUCAGCUCCGAUGAUAUUGACGACCAUCACCACCUUCCUUCAGAGAAAACCCUAAAAUGGAGGAUCACUUAUGAAAAGCACAAGAUCAAAGAAAGGUUCUUUCAUGCUUCCUCCAUCCUCAGGUCUCUACUUCACAAGUUCGUCCCAUUUGGUGAUCAUCAUCAUCAUCAGAAUCAGAAGCUCUCAAACUGGGUUGGCAUUAAUAACAAUGCAGCUUCUGAUGAUCGUUUCACCAAUCAAGAUGCUGAAGGCGAGGGUUUUAUUUGCCAUGAUUACAGUCCAAAGCUUGUCAACAUGUUUCCAUCUUUCACACUCCCCGAAUUGAGACGACUUCAGAUGGAUUCAGGUGCAAAACCUCAUUGGAUAAGCACUGUAGAGAAGCAAUGGGAACAAUCCUUAGCUAAUUCAGAGUGUGAAUUCAAAAGUGAUGAAGGGGCGGCAGGGACAGCCAUUUACACAUUGUCCCAGAAAUCUGAGGAACCAUUCUUCUCAACUCAUCUUCCAAAGCUACUCCUAAACCCAAAUAUUCUGAAAUUCAGACGGCCAAAAAAAGACAAACACCACAACGUUGUUCAUAGAAGGAAAAGGACACAGCAGGUACUGUUUGGAAGGGCAGAAAAAGGCAGAGAAUUCCAAGAAAAUGGAGGGAAAAGAGGAAAAAUUUGGUUGCUGGAGAAACGAUGUAGAGAUAGAGAGGCUCAGAAAAUCGCCCACUUGUUGAAUGCAGAAUCCUGCGUGGUAUCAGAAGGGUGGACAAAUUUCCACAGACCAAGUAGAGACAUUCACUUUGAGAUUGGAGAUGCUAUCAUGGAUGACAUUGUCAACGAAAUGCUUCAUAUACUUGUACAUUAAUCAGACUCUGCUCUGAUAGAGGACACUGGCUUUACUUUGCUUGUUUUUGAAGGAUCAGGGCAAUUAAUCAUUUGUGAAUAGCAUAAUUUUAUAUAAAUUCUAUAUUUUUUUUUUUAGUGACAUUGAAAUAUUAAAAUAAAUGAGAUUGAUGUCCAUGA